AUGCUUGAUGCCGAUGGAGACCUCCGAGGCUAUAUAGCAAAGCAACAGGCCUCUACGGACUCGCUGGCCUCUAUCAACUCAUCCAUCAGCUCUUCCAGUGAGAAGAAGCCAUACACCUGGAGGAUGCAGCACCCCGAAACCAGGAAGUACCAACUAUUCCCGAGGGAAAAGCAGCUUCCUCCGGUGACUGCUGGGAAGCAGCUCGAUCCCGAGCAAGCGUUUGCCUUGGCUAUGGGACAAGCUGGUGACAAGUCAGAUAAGACUGAAAAAUCAAGUGGACUACGUCUGAGAAUCAAAGAGCACAAUCUCAUCCGCAGGAGAAAAGUUAGCGUACCGGAGUUGGGCCCCAUGACUACGGUGCAGGAAGUUGCCAUGGACUCGCCCACUAUCCCGGGACGCCCAGCUCUACAUGAGCGAUCCAUUAGCUCGCCGGUCAAUACCUUGCGUCAACACAAUCUUGCCGAGUCCAUGUCAUAUACUCAAGAUACUUGCAACGAGAAUGCUGAAACGAAGAAGCCGAACGCGGUUAUCGACCCUCAAAAGUCGAGAGGAGCAGCACCUGUUCAACCAAUGUCUCCAAAGAGUCUGGCUCCCUUGGUAAUACCAAUACAGAACAACAGCCUCCCUCGACUAGCUCGUCAGCUUUCCCUCAGUCGUUUACGGUCUGGGAGCACACCCGAACCCGGCAACCGCUCUGCAAAGAACGACGAGUCGCCCAAGAUGCGCACGCCUUUCACGCCCUUCACGCCUCUGUCAAGCUCAGCCUACACGACUACGCCGAAGUCUGCUGUAACCAGCUCAACCUUGCCGACCCCGAUCUCAGCCCCGUUGGAGUCUCGCGAGUCUCCUCGGCCUUGGGAGAAAUAUGUCAACAGCACACCAAAUGCAACACCGCAGGCGAAUAACUCGGAUACUAUGUCGACACCAAAGGCAGAACCAGAGAUUCCAAGAAGUGCCACCGCCAUGUCUUAUAGGACCGAGUCAGAUAUGCCGAUCCGUAGUGGUACGGCCUUCUCACACCGAAGAAACCAGUCAGAUACGGGCAGUAUCAUGGAGCGCGGGCGUCCUCGAAAGAGGGUUGAUGGCACUCCUGUCGGCGUAUCACUGCGACGUACCGGGUCCAAGAGAAGCAAGAGUGCUGAGCGUCGCGCAUUCGAACAACUACCUCAAGGUUGGAAGCCCAGUGAGGCAACGUCGAUGUUGGACCAGAGUGAGAUAUCCUACCUGCAGAAGCAAGCCCUUGGUCAGGCCACCAGAUUUGAAGUGCUGAAGAAAGAUGAUGUGGAGAGCCUCUCCAAGGAGCUUCGUCAUCUCGACGAGCGUACGGAUUAUCUUAGACGAACAUACACUUCCCUGAGGGCGGGCCGCCGAAACCUCCAUUCACGCAUCUGUCAGUACCUCCGGUCACCCCGAGUGGCCAAGUUCAGCUACGACUCCAUGCUCAAACAGGAAGAGGCUUUGGCCGAGUUGGACGCAUCUAUCGAUGACUGGGUCACCAAGCUUGAGCAUGCCGAGAACCGCCGCACUCGCGUUCGACAGAAACUUCUCGAACACGUCGCUGCUGCUGCUACAUUGUCGAUCCCGUCAGACAUCGUCGGGGCUAGUGAAUCGCUUCAGCAAGCCAUGGGUGUUCGCGCACUCGAUAGCCACAUCGAGGUAUCUACACCUCCACGAAGCCCGACCAAGGCCGAGGCCCAACUUCAUGCGCAAUCUCCAUCACCAUCCCCCCAACGAGUCGUCGCCCGCGUGCCGUCAGUUAUUCCAGAGGUGCCAUCUGAGGAUACCGCCGGCCUGGACCUGGACGACAAAGUCUCUGAACGUCAGUCUGCUCUGCAGCGGAUGGAAAGCAUCCGCAUUUACGCCGACAGCGACGUUUAUGCUCUGCUGGCCGAUGUCGAGAGUGAGUUCACGAAACUCAGCGGGGCUGGGCGGCAAACCCCCGAGCCAGUCCAGGUCGAGCUUCCUCUUGAAAAGAGGCGAGAGCUGCACCGUGCCCAGAGCCAUGAGGUUUUGAAUGGCAGACCAGUGGAUACGACCAAAACGCCGCCCGUGACACCGCCCGCACCCACACCCCCAAUGAAAGACGCUCCCAGCAACGAAGGCGACGUCUUUCUUACAGCGGCCGUCUUUCAACCUACACCCGUUUCUGUUGCAUAA